AUGGAGGUGCAGGCGCGCGAGCCCUUCACGGUGAGCGAGGAAAAGCCCUCAAGGCGAGUGCUGCUGGGAGAGGUAUGGACCAUCUUCCUGCCGACCAUGCUCAACAACGUCAUGACCUUGCUCAACGAGUGCACCAACACACUCUGCCUGGGCCAUGCGGGGAAUGAUGCGGAGCUGGCAGCUGUGGGGCUGGGAAACAUGAUGCAGAACUGCUGUGCGCUGAGUCUGGGAAUCGGGCUCACCAGCGCGCUGGACACCUUUGUCAGUCAGGCCCAUGGGGCGGGCCAGCACAGCCUUUGUGUGCAAUAUCUGCAGCGAAGCCGUGUUCUCUGCACUUUGCAGCUCAUUUGGAUGAUCCCGCUGCUUUGGUUCAGUGACUCCAUUCUCGUUGCCGUGGGCCAGCACCCAGAUGUCGCGAGGCACGCUGCCUCCUACAACCGGGUGGCGGCCUUUGGGCUCUUCUCGCAGUUCCAAUGGCAGGGAAUCCUUGCCUACCUCCGCAACGUGAAAAUGCCGCAGCCGGCAAUGUGGAUUGCAGGAAGCACCUGCAUGUUGCACAUCGUGUGGGCGGUGCUCUUCAUCGUGGUCUUCAAGUGGG